UCUUUUCUGCAGUUCAAAGUCUUGUCAGGUAUCUAGACUGUAAACAGUCAGGUUUAGCAGACGACAAAACCGUAUUGUUGGAAUGGCUCUGGAAGUUUUUCAUAAAGAUGAGACUUUGCAAAUGCGCAGGAAGCUGAUUGGGCAGUCCUGCAGACUCUUUUUUUCCCGUGAUCCCGUGAAAAUAGUGAGAGCACGGGGUCAAUAUUUAUAUGAUGAGAAUGGCAUGCAGUACUUAGAUUGCAUCAGUAAUGUUCAACAUGUGGGACACUGUCACCCCAGCCUCACUCAGGCCGCUGCUGCUCAGAUGGAUCUUCUUAAUUCAAACACUAGAUUCCUCCAUGAUAAUAUAGUUCUGUAUGCAGAUCGGCUGGCCGCCACUCUGCCAAAGAAACUUUGCGUCUUUUAUUUUGUCAACUCGGGAUCAGAGGCUAAUGAUCUUGCCUUGAGACUGGCCCGUCAGUAUACCCGACAUCACGAUGUCGUUGUGCUAGAUCAUGCAUAUCAUGGACAUCUCAUCUCACUCAUCGACAUCAGCCCGUACAAGUUCCGGAAACUGGAGGGCCAAAAAGAGUGGGUGCAUGUGGCACCUCUUCCUGAUACUUACCACGGUAUCUACCGAGAAGAUCAUCCUGACCCAGGACAGGCUUAUGCAGACACUGUGAAAAGUCUUAUUGACGAGGCGCAUAAGAAAGGCUGCAAGAUUUCAUCUUUUUUUGCCGAGUCUUUACCCAGUGUUGGUGGCCAGAUCAUUUUCCCAACUGGUUAUUGUAAAAGAGUUGCAGAAUACGUUCGUGAAGCAGGAGGAGUUUAUGUGGCAGAUGAGAUUCAGACAGGCUUCGGUCGUGUUGGUAGUCAUUUCUGGGCUUUUCAGCUUCAAGGUGAAGACUUCUGCCCUGACAUUGUGACUAUGGGCAAACCAAUAGGCAAUGGUCAUCCUAUUGCGUGUGUGGCUACUACAGAGGAAAUAGCCGCUGCUUUUACAGCCAAUGGUGUGGAGUACUUCAACACAUUUGGUGGUAACCCAGUAUCCUGUGCCAUUGGUCUGGCAGUGUUGGAUGUUAUAGAGAAAGAAGACCUCAGAGGCAAUGCUGUGCGUGUCGGAGGUCAUCUUAAACAGCUGCUCCUUCAACUUCAGACUAAACAUCCACUCAUCGGAGAUGUGCGUGGUGUUGGACUGUUUAUAGGUAUGGAGCUAGUUAAAGACAGAGCAUCCAGAAAACCAGCAACAGAAGAAGCAGCACAUCUUGUACGAAGGCUGAAAGAGGAACGUAUAGUUAUGAGCACUGAUGGACCGUGGGACAGUGUCAUCAAAUUCAAACCUCCAAUGUGCUUCAGUAUUGAGGAUGCUGAGAGAGUCUGUACAUGCAUUGACCAAAUUCUCAGAGAACUGGAGCAUACCCAUCAAAAAGAGGACUGCAGAAGUUGAGGUUUAAAAACAUGAAAAUAAUUUUCAAUGUAGUGCAUAGAGCAAACAUUCUUAAAUGAAUUUUAAUAAAUAAUUUUAUUGUGAUUUGCAUUCUUGAAUAUAUAUCUGUUUAUAUUCAGAAUUCAGUUAUAAAUACUUACAACAAAAAGGUGAAUAAAUUCACUCAUGCUACAAAUCUGACAGAAUAUUUUCAAAAUAAAACUUGGAUAAACAUAUAUUAAUUAACAUGAUAUCACACCUCUACAUACAGUUUUCCAGGAUGUGGUGUAAACAAAUUUUAAGAUUAGGAUUUUAAGGUUUUAAUAUGCUUUCAUACUUUACAGCCAUACAACAAUAUAAAUCACUUUAAACCUGAUUGUACACAUACUCCAGUCUCCAUAAUCUUUAUAUUACAUUUGCACUCAAAUUGUUUUUUAUUACAUUUGUACUCAAAAGUGUUUUGGUUGCAUUAAAUAAUGACACC